CUGUACAAAAGCCGAGACGUGCACGCCUAUGUCGCAUCGCAUACGACUCGCAAAGCAUGUUGGUACGCUUGCUCUGCGCAUAUGUCCUUGUGGCUGUGGUGGCGCCCCCUCCAGUGGAUGCAAACCCGACGGUAUUCACCGUGGCUGGUGUUCUGAGUGACCCAGACAAGCAGAAGCUGUUCCAGGAUGUCGUACAUCGGAUUGGAGACAGCGGCAUUCUGCCACCAGGCGUCGUCUUUAACUCAACAACAAUCUUGAUGAAUCCGAAUCCAAUUCGGACAGCCCUCUCCGUCUGCGACAACCUCAUCAAAUCCAAGGUAUAUGCUGUCGUUGUGAGUCACAGUCAAGGGAAUGAGCUGUCUCCAGCCAGCGUGUCGUACACAUGCGGAUUCUACGACAUCCCGGUGAUUGGCAUCAGCGCACGAGAUACCGUUUUCUCUGACAAGAACAUCCAUGCGUCGUUCCUGCGCACGCUUCCACCGUACUCUCACCAGGUGGAUGUGUGGAUCAAGAUGGUGGCCCUGUUUGGCUGGAAGGCUGUGAUUUUCAUUCACACGAAUGACAGAGAUGGCCGGUCUGUGCUCGGUCGUCUGCACACGCUCGCUGAAGAGAAUGGAAUACAGAUAGAGAAAACCAUUGAGUAUGAACCAGGAGUUACGAAUCUAACGCACAGUUUCUUGACUGAAGCCAAAGAGGCAAAUUCCAGGAUCAUACUUAUGUAUGCCAAUGCUGAGGAUGCUGCUGUGAUAUAUCAGGCAGCAGGAGGUGUUAACAUGACGGGCAGUGGAUACGUGUGGAUCGUUUCAGAGGAGGCCCUGCAGGUUCCUAACAGACCAGAUGGAAUCCUUGGUUUGCAUCUGAGCCACCAGGAGGAACAAGCUCACAUCAACGACAGUGUUAUGGUUAUUGCUGGGGCACUUGUGAACAUGAUGAAUGCUCACGAGAAUAUCAUGGAACCACCGAACAGCUGUGGAGAGCAGAACUGGAAGACGGGGAAGACGUUUUACAAAUACCUCAUCAAUGAGACUCUCGACAGAGGCAUGACAGGCAGGAUAUCAUUUGAUGAAUCUGGUGAUCGUCUUGAUGCAGACUAUGAAAUCAUCAACAUACAGAAAGGGGACCGCCAAGUCACUGUAGGCAUCUGUUCACCAUCCAAUGGACCGAAGGGAAAGCGAGGUGCUGAACUGAAACUGAAGAAUGAAACCACAAUAAUUUGGCCAGGGGGUGGUACCGAAAAACCAGAGGGCUAUAUUAUUCCUACAGAACUAAGGGUCGUCACAAUACCAGACGUCCCCUUUGUGUGGACAAGGAAACUUGAGCCAGGAGAGAACUGCAGCAAGGUUGAUGGGGAAGUGUACUGCCCUCGACCAAAUGCCUCGUUCCCAGGACAGGACGUUUGGGAGGAGGAGCACUGUUGCUAUGGUUACUGCAUUGACCUGCUUGUCAAGCUUGCAGAGAAAGUGAACUUCACUUUUCAGCUACAUCUGUCUGCUGAUGAGAUGUAUGGAUCCUAUGAUAGGAGAAAUGACUCAACCAAACAAGAAUGGAAUGGCAUGAUAGGGGAGGUGGUGAAUGGUCAAGCAGACAUGAUCGUGGCUCCGCUGACUAUUAACCCUGAGAGAGCAGACUUCAUUGACUUUUCAAAGCCUUUCAAGUAUCAGGGAAUCACUAUAUUGGAGAAGAAGAUGGCAAAGGCCUCAAGCCUCACUUCAUUCCUACAACCCUUUCAAGACUCACUGUGGUUGUUGGUCCUCUUCUGCGUCCACCUGGUGGCACUAGUCCUGUACUUGCUCGACCGAUUUAGUCCAUUCGGGCGAUUCAAGCUGCCACAGAGUGAUGAGACUGAGGAAGAUGCUUUGAAUCUCUCCACAGCGCUCUGGUUCUCCUGGGGAGUGAUACUCAACAGUGGCAUUGGUGAAGGAACACCAAGGAGCUUCAGUGCUCGCGUUCUUGGCAUGGUAUGGGCAGGCUUCGCAAUGAUUAUAGUCGCCAGUUACACUGCCAACCUGGCUGCUUUCCUCGUAUUAGACAAACCACAGACUACGAUUACGGGCAUCAAUGAUGCAAGGCUGAGAAAUCCUCAGGAAAACUUCAUUUACGCAACAGUGAAAGACUCGGCUGUCGACAUGUAUUUCCGCAGACAGGUGGAGCUAUCAACCAUGUACCGUACCAUGCAGGGCAACAACUACCGAACGGCCGAAGAAGCAAUAGAACAUGUCAGAAUUGGGAAACUUAAUGCCUUCAUCUGGGAUUCAUCACGGCUGGAAUAUGAAGCAGCAAAAGACUGUGAUCUUGUGACAGCCGGAGAACUUUUUGGUAGAUCUGGAUAUGGUAUUGGUCUUCCCAGGGGAAGCUCAUGGACAGACAAGGUCACGCUAACUGUACUGGAUUUUCAUGAAAGUGGAUUCAUGGAAGACUUGGACACGAAGUAUAUUCUAGUUCACAGCACCGAUUGCAGCAUGGAAGAGGACUCACCAGCAACACUUGGACUGUCUAACAUGGCUGGCGUCUUCAUCCUGGUUGGCGGUGGUAUUCUUGCUGGAGUUUUUCUCAUCUUUAUCGAGAUCGCGUACAAACGCCACCAGAUGAUGAAGGAACGAGAGAUGGAGAUCGCACGAGCAGCGGCGGAGAGGUGGCGAGGCACUAUCGAGAAGCGCAAGAACGUUAGGCGCAAAAUGAUGCUGAAGAAUAUGCAGGAUGCGAGCCGACUGCAUGGUCCGAACGGGGGCAUGAGCGUGAGCUACGGAGGCAUGCCAGAGAAAACACCCUUCAACCCAUCACUCGCCACGCAGCCGUACCAGAGGCCAAGCAUGGGGAGGGACUCGUCAUCCGACAGAAUCACGUUUAAAGAGAACCUUGUGUGAGGCAGGUGCCUUGUGAGAGAAGUUGAUUUGGAAGAUAUCUUGGGAGGCUAGGAAAGCACAGAGUCAGUCGUAAUCAGACAAGGUUCCCUCGGUGAAAUUAGUCAAAGCUGCAACACCGAGGGCAGUGCAUAGCCAGAUCAUACGUGGGCAUAUCCUUGGGGUGAGAAUGCUAGUCACGAUUUACGGGCAGCAUAGUAUAUACGUAGACGUCCAAAUAUACUACACAUAUAGCUGUCAAAUAAGUUGUGUAUAAUAUAUAUGUGCAUAAUACCAUAUAAACGUGCAUAAACCUGAUUCCACUAUCGAUCAAGUCAGGGGCAAUCUGCUUGUUGAUAUGGUGAAGGAAUCUGAAGAGAUAUAUGAUCCACGGUUAAUAAGACCGAUUUGGAUUAGUCAGUGUGAGGUACUGGUAUGAAAUAUCUGCACUGGACUGAGGGAAGAGUGCUAUAAAUUUUCAUGGUAUACUGCUAUGCCUGUGACGAUAAACUUGAAUCUCAAUAUUGUAUAUUAUCUCGCUCUACUCACAUCUCGUUUUUUUCAAUGUGGUAAGUGCAAUCUGCUAAUGAUCUUCAGCUACAUCUUUUUUUUCACUAAUAAAAUCUAUAAUUAAUUUAUGGUUACGAGUUAUUUACGCAGGAGCAGAGCAAGUGUACGGAUGUAAGUAAUGUACGAAGAUCGACUGACGUGACAGAAUGAAACACGGAGGUGCUGCAUACAUUAAUAAUUAAUUCACUCCAAGUAAGAACUGCAGUGCUCUCACAUGAUGCCACUGAUUGGUGAUUUGAGCAUCUGUAAUACACGUGUCAUAGUUAUUGUGCCUUUACUGCGUAUACCAGAGAGUACUGAUUAUUGAUCCAUGAAAAGGCUGCUCUCAAACCAGAACCAAUUCUGUUUCUUCCAGGGGGAAUUCUUACUAAAAUUUAUAACAAGACAGUGUUUUUCAUAAUAGUCACAUUAUAGAGAUAUGAUAACCGAUUCCCAGAGGCAAGGGAUCAACAGCAUGGCAUGUCUUCUAAUGUGUGUAUCUUGAUGUUGCAGAUACCCUAUAGGACUAUUAUAAUGUACAAUAGGACUAUAUGCCUGUGUUUACUCUUAUAAAUUGAUUUAUUUGAAUGUAUUACCUAAGCAAUACUGGCAAGGUGACGUUUUUAACAUGAGAAAUCGUAUACAUUUUUCGUUUAAUAAUUUAUAAAAAUAAAUGUCUUUAUAUUUCAGUUGUUUUACUCCACCUUUGUAAGGUCGUGUUUUGUUCCAAUAAGGAGUUUUGAAAGCCUUAAUUAAUGAAUUUUUUUCAUUUACAACAACGUAAUUUAUUUCAUAAUGAAACAUUUUAGUCGUGUUUUUCAGUAUUAUUAAAAAAGUUAUCAUAUAUAUGAUAUAUCCCAUAUAAUUUUUAUUUACCAAUUAUCGUAUUAUUUAAUGCAUAUGUAAUGAUUAUGUGUAAAACUUUGACGUGUCGUAUAUGUAUAAGUUAUAAUUAUAUUAAAAAUGUUACGUCUAUGUGAAAUAAUUAGACUCGCCAAAGAUGUCACCAAACAGGAAAUGGCCUAAUAAUUAACAACACAAUUAAGCGUGUAUAGCAUAAGUGAAAUUUGACAUGAAAAAGCAGUGAUUUGAACACCCUCUUUUUUAGCAGAGUAAUUUCCUGUAAAAAAUGCUUUUAAAUUAUGGUGAUUAAUCAGUCGCUGAAUAAACUUAUGUUGCUUCA